AUGAACGCAACCAAGGUGCUCCAGCAGGGUCGCCAGCCCAUGAUCCGCUUCCUAGGCAAGCGCAGCACUCCCUCCAAGGUCGACCACACUCCCCAUCCCCACCCGGCUUCUCCCACCCACGAGCUGCCCUCGUCUUUCGCAUCCUACCGAAAGAAGGCACAGCAGCACGGUCCGCUCAACACAGUCAACAGUGCCGCCAUCGGUGGUCACAUUGGCGGCGCAGCCGGCAGAACCCUCGGCCCCAUCGAGGCCGCAAAGGGCAUGUUCUUCGACCGCUCUGAGCUCCCCGAGCGCUUCCAGAGACUUUCAUGGACACAGGCAGAGAUUGAUGCAGUCGAGUCUGGCGGUGCCAGCCAGUUUGCGUAA